ACACAUACGCAUAUGAUUGUUAACUUCACGGGCGUUUCAUUAAAUAACCCAAAAUCAGUUUCAGCGCUUUGGCCUUUCAUCUCAACAGUCUCUCCAUUUUCAAACAAACUCUUCAGAUUCUCGAGAAAAAUAUUAUUUUCCCCAGAUUUCAGUUCCUAUCUUUCUCGGAAAAUGGAGUGGUGAUGCACAUUGAGCAAAGACGUGCGGAGAAGACGAAGAAGGCCGAGAAUCAUCUUCUCUGAUUUUGAUUUGAUUUACUUUUUAUCUUUGAUCGCAAAUAUGAAUCCGUCGACUUCUACCGAACCGUCUCUCGGCGAGAAACAACCUAGUCUCCGUCGAAGUCCGUCGACGCCGUCGCUGUGCUGCGGAGGAUCCACCGCGGCUGAGUUCUGCGGUGGCACGACGGCAGAUUUCGCCGCGCUGUGUUGCUGCGGUCCUUGCAGCGUCGUCAGCCUCGUCGUCCUCGCCGUCUACAAAAUCCCUCGCGGACUCUGCCGCCGUAUGCGGCGGAGAGGAAAUGGAGAUUCGAAGCUGAGCAAAGUCGGGAGCUCGAAGUUCGCUGUUCAUCCGAGCAAAGAAGAGGACGAAGAUCUGGAUAAGCUAGCGAUGGAACUGAAGGAGGAAGGAGAAGAGGACGACGAGGAAGCGGUGGCGUUAGAGAAAGAGAUGUGGAACAGAUUUUACAGCGGUGGUUUCUGGCGCAGCCUUUCGCAAGCCGAAACGGCGUCGUCUCCGAAAGCUGAGUAGAGAGAAUCAGAUUCCCAAGUGUAUAUAGGAUAACAGUGUGAAAUGUAUAUGCCUCUUGUUCAUGUACAUUUUUUUUCUGAAAAAUAAUACAUGAUUAGUAACU